AACCUCGUCCAAUUGACAGCAGCAGCUAAUUAGUGGGUCAACAAACCAACCAGCGAAAACCCUAAUCAUCUUACACACAUAAAUACACACACUCUUCUCCUCUCUCCCACCUGUAAACCCUAGAAAACACACACUAAAACACACACAUACAUAAUCGAAUUCUUCGUGGUUGCUGGCUCAACGAGAUGGACGUGCACAGCUUGGCAGUGAUUCUCCAAGCUGCACUCAGCCCCAAUCCUCAUGAGCGCAAAGCCGCGGAAGAUAGCCUCAAUCAGUUCCAGUAUACGCCUCAGCAUUUGGUGCGGAUGUUGCAGAUCAUUGUAGAUGGAAACUGUGACUUGGCGGUACGACAAGUUGCGAGUAUUCAUUUCAAGAAUUUCGUUUCUAAAAACUGGUCACCUCAUGAUCCAGAUGAACAAUCAAAGAUCCUGCCAGGUGAUAAAGAUUUAAUCAGGCAGAAUAUUCUCGUGUUUGUGGUCCAGGUUCCUCCAUUGUUGAGGGUACAACUUGGCGAGUGCCUCAAGACUAUCAUAUAUUCAGACUACCCUGAGCAGUGGCCCAGUCUUUUACACUGGGUAAAGCAUAAUCUACAAGAUCAACAAGUUUAUGGAGCUUUAUUUGUGUUGAGGCUACUUUCAAGAAAAUAUGAGUUUAAAUCAGACGAAGAGAGGACACCGGUGUAUCACAUUGUUGAAGAAACAUUUCCUCAUCUGCUAAGCAUAUUCAACAGGCUUGUGCAAGUUGAUAAUCCUUCAAUUGAAGUAGCAGACUUGAUUAAGCUCAUCUGCAAAAUAUUUUGGUCUUCCAUAUAUUUGGAGAUUCCGAAGCAAUUGUUUGAUCCAAGUGUGUUCAAUGCUUGGAUGGUUCUACUCUUGAAUAUCUUAGAGAGACCUGUUCCUUCAGAAGGAGAACCUUCUGAUCCGGAUCUCAGGAAAUCUUGGGGUUGGUGGAAGGUCAAGAAGUGGACAGUUCACAUUUUGAACCGGCUUUAUACACGUUUUGGAGAUUUGAAACUUCGAAACCCAGAAAAUAAAGCUUUUGCUCAAAUGUUCCAGAAAAAUUUUGCAGCGAAAAUUAUGGAAUGCCAUUUAAAUUUGUUAAACGUGAUUCGACUUGGAGGCUAUCUGCCUGAUAGAGUUACCAAUCUUACUUUGCAAUAUUUAAGCAACAGUGUAUCGAAGAAUAACACAUAUGCUCUGCUUCAACCAAGACUUGAUGUUGUACUGUUUGAAAUCAUUUUUCCUCUCAUGUGCUUUAAUGACAAUGAUCAAAAGCUUUGGGAAGAAGACCCACAUGAAUAUGUGAGGAAGGGUUAUGAUAUUAUUGAAGAUUUAUAUAGUCCUAGAACUGCUGCCAUGGAUUUUGUUAGUGAGUUAAUUAGAAAGCGUGGAAAAGAGAACCUUCAGAAAUUUGUACUAUACAUUGUGGAGAUUUUUAAGAGAUACGAUGAGACACCGGCGGAAUAUAAACCUUAUCGACAGAAAGAUGGCGCCCUACUUGCAAUAGGAGUACUGUGUGAUAAACUGAAACAAACUGAACCAUACAAGUCUGAGCUUGAGAGGAUGUUAGUACAACAUGUGUUUCCUGAAUUUAGCAGCCCUUUUGGUCAUCUUAGAGCUAAGGCUGCAUGGGUUGCUGGACAAUAUGCUCAUAUUAGCUUCUCGGAUAUGAACAAUUUUCGUAAAGCAUUACAAAUUGUUGUGGCGGGGAUGCGAGACCCAGAGCUACCAGUUCGUGUUGAUUCUGUUUUUGCAUUACGCUCAUUUGUUGAAGCCUGCAAGGAUUUAGAUGAAAUUCGACCAAUGCUUCCACAACUACUUGAUGAAUUUUUCAAGCUUAUGAAUGAAAUUGAAAAUGAAGAUCUUGUAUUUACUCUUGAAACUAUCGUGGACAAGUUUGGAGAGGAGAUGGCACCCUAUGCUCUUGGAUUGUGUCAGAAUCUGGCUGCUGCAUUUUGGAAGUGUAUGAACACUGCUGAGGCUGAUGAUGAAGCUGAUGAUCCAGGUGCCUUGGCAGCAGUUGGUUGCUUGCGUGCCAUAAGUACAAUACUCGAGUCAGUAAGCAGUCUUCCUCAUCUUUUUGUCCAUAUUGAGCCAACUCUGCUUCCGAUAAUGCGUAGAAUGCUGACAACUGACGGACAAGAGGUCCUUGAAGAAGUUUUGGAGAUAGUCUCAUAUAUGACCUUUUUCUCACCAUCGAUAUCCUUGGAUAUGUGGACUCUUUGGCCAUUAAUGACGGAAGCCCUGGGUGAAUGGGCUAUUGAUUUUUUUUCAAAUAUUUUGGUUCCAUUGGAUAACUUUAUAUCUAGAAGUACAACUCAUUUCCUCUCCUGCAAGGAACCAGACUACCAGCAAAGUCUUUGGAAUGUGAUUUCAUCUAUUAUGGGAGAUAAAAAUUUGGAGGACAAUGAUAUCGAGCCUGCACCUAAGCUUAUUGAAGUGAUGCUCCUGAACUGCCGGGGACAGGUGGAUCAUUGGGUUGAACCAUAUAUUAGAAUCACAGUUGAACGUUUGCGUGUAACUGAGAGACCUUAUUUGAAAUGCCUUUUGAUCCAAGUGAUUGCUGAUGCCCUUUACUACAAUUCAGCUUUGACUCUCAAUAUAUUGCAUAAACUUGGUAUCGCUACGGAGGUAUUUAAUCAUUGGUUCCAAAUGCUGCAGCAAACAAAAAAAAGUGGUACCAAGGCCAAUUUUAAGAGGGAACAUGAUAAAAAGAUUUGCUGCUUGGGUUUAACGUCACUGCUUCCACUUCCUGUGGACCAGUUGCCAGGAGAAGCAUUGGAACGUGUUUUCAAGGCCACUCUUGAUCUGCUUGUUGCGUACAAAGAUCAAGUAGCAGAAGCGUCAAAAGAAGAGGAGGUCGAGGACAUUGAUGAUAUGGGCAGUUUCCAGUCGGAUGAUGAGGAUGACGAUGCUGAUGCGUCUGACAAGGAAAUGGGGGUUGAUGCUGAGGACGGAGAUGAAGCUAGUAGUGCAAGACAUAAAAAAUUUGCGGCACAGGCAAGCGGUUUCCAUUCAGAUGAUGAAGACGAUGACUAUGACUCGGAUGAUGACUUCAGUGAUGAUGAAAUACUUCAGUCGCCCAUUGAUGAGGUUGACCCCUUUGUUUUCUUUGUGGAUACAAUCAAAGCUUUGCAAGCAUCCGAUCCAUUGAGGUUCCAGAACCUUACACAAACGCUAGACUUCCAUUUUCAAGCACUAGCCAAUGGUGUUGCUCAGCACGCGGAGCAGAGACGAGUUGAGAUAGAGAAAGAAAAGUUGGAAAAGGCAUCAGCUGUCAGAGUUGCUUCUUAAUUUGGAGGCAGGCCCGCAGUUAUUGCACAAGUGUUGCAUCAAUACAAUUUGGUUACUCAAUUCAUUAAGUUAUGCUGGUAGUCAAACCAGGAGUAUUGCAGUCAAGUGUGAAGUUUUGCAAUCAUUUACCAGUCAUGGCAAGAGAUGAGUCACGGAGGGUCAUCUAUUGUUGUAUGUCUUGAUCGAAAUAUGAAAAAAGAAACAGGGAAUUCAGAAAUUCCUUAUUUUUGAUUGCGUAGGCUGGGAGAUGCUAUUCCCAGUGUCGGGUGAGUCGGGGUGAGUGGUCUGAUUGUUCAAUGUAGCGUCCUUGUUGGAAUUUUGUGUAAUUUUAGAUUAUAAGUUAAUACAGGUCUAGUCCCACUUAGGAGGGAAUAUUUAUUGAUUGUAACCCUCAGGUGCAUGGCCACUAGCCUUUUUAUCUUGGAGGGUGGUAUAUUUGAUUUUUGGAAGUUGCCGCGGUUACUUAUAAAUAUAUUUUUUGGUUC